AUGUCAUCGACGUUAAAGUCAAUAGAUGACAGUUCAGGAAUAGGGAAGUCACACGGUGCAGGGUGUGAGGUGGAAGGCAUAUGUGGAUUAAAAACAGAAACAAAAUAUUUGUUGAAAGAAUUUGCAAUGCUUGUAGGUGUCACAAAUGUAGUAGACAGUCAUCAAUGCUUAGUUACAUCAGAGAAAGGAAUAGAUAUUGGAAGUACAUAUAGAGAACUAUACUGUGUUAUGUGUGAUGAGAUCCUGGGCCGAGUUUAUCAAACGACACCAAGGCAUUUGGACAAUUUAAGAGAUGUGUUCACGCUGGAUAUUCCCAAAAUACAGAGCUAUCAAGUUGGAAGUGGAGAGCAGGUGGGAGAUUUUGAUACUGGUGAUAUGCUUGACAUGCCAUCAUCUAGAGCUUUACAAGAUGAUCUCUUUAAGAUUAAAGCUACAGUUUGUGCCUUGAACGAACGACUUGUCAACUUGGAGGAUGCUCUGAAAUGUCAUGAGCCGGAAGAAAUAAUGGAUGAAGAAGAGAACCAAGAAAUCAUAAAUGAAAAGGAGGACGAGAUGAAUGAGGCGGAUGAUGAGGGAGAAUGUAGACUAAAUCAUAUGGAGCGUCUCCUGGAUAAAAACAAUGCAGGAAGUGCGAACUCUUCAAGUGACUCUGCAUCCAUUGUUAGUGAUGUUUAUGAUAGAAAUAAAAUUGGAAACAAACAACCAUUUCCAAAUGACAAUCAACAUAGAAUUAAGAGAAAGCGAACAAGAUGAAGAUGGCAUACAGUAUCUCAUUGUAGUCGUAUUCCUUUCAUUGCUCUAGAUAUGACUCUGAAUAAACAGAUUAAAACACAUUUUUCUAUUUAGUAAACAUAGAACUGCUGUUUCUAUUUACGUGC